GGAGGAGGAGACGAGGAGAAGAUGCCGCUGUUCACAUCCAACCCGUUCGACGCGGACGUGGAAAAAGCGACCAGUGAACUGAAUACAACGGAGGACUGGGCUCUGAUUCUCGACGUCUGUGACAAGAUUGGACAUUCUCCGCAAGGGCCCAAAGACUGCCUCCGGGCGACCAUGAAGAGAGUGAAUAACAAGGUUCCUCACGUGGCCAUGCAGGCGUUGACUCUCCUGGGGGCCUGUGUGUCCAACUGUGGGAAGAUCUUUCACUUGGAAGUCUGUUCAAGGGAAUUUGCAAAUGAAGUAAACAACGUCCUUAACAAGGCUCACCCCAAGGUGGGUGAGAAGCUGAAAGCCCUGAUGAUGGAGUGGGCCGAGGAGUUCAAAAACGACCCACAGCUCAGCCUCAUUGCCGCCAUGAUCAAGAACCUGAAGGAUCAGGGCGUGGCCUUCCCUGCCCCUGGCUCACAGGCUGCGGAGCAGGCGAAGGCGAGUCCGGCGCUGGUGCCUAAGGAUCCCGGCACCGUCACGGCCAAGCAGGAGGAAGACGACCUCGCCAAGGCCAUCGAGCUGUCGUUGAAGGAAACCACGGGGUUGGCAGUGGGGACCCCCGUGAGUGCGGGGGCCUCGCUGUACCCCACGGCGACGGCACUGGGUGGCGCCGCGCUGGCCCGCAGCGCCGCUGGCGAUGCGCGCAAGGUGCGUGCCAUGUACGACUUCGAGGCGGCGGAGGACAACGAGCUGACGUUCCGCGCCGGCGACGUCAUCUCCGUGCUGGAUGACAGUGACCCCAACUGGUGGAAGGGCGAGACCCACAAGGGAUCGGGGCUGUUCCCAUCAAACUUCGUCUCAGCCGACCUGACGGCCGAGCCGGAAGCCCCCGUAAAGACUGAGAAGAAAACGGUACAGUUCAGCGACGAGGUGAAGGUGGAAGCCAUCGAGCCGGAGCCCGAGCCCUUGUUCAUCGAUGAAGAGAAGAUGGACACAUUGCUGAGGAUGUUGCAGAGCGCCGACCCGGCCGACGAGCGCCCCGACCCCCCUGAGCUGCUCUAUUUGGAGGAGUCGUGCCAGCACAUGGGGCCUCUGAUCGACCAAAAGCUGGAGGACAUUGACCGGAAACACUCUGAGCUGUCGGACAUUAACGUGAAGGUGAUGGAAGCGUUUGAGCUGUACAACCAGCUCAUGAAUGAGGCCCCCGGCUAUGGCGUCUAUGGGAAGGUGCAGCCGUCCCUGCAGCAGCAGCAGCAGCAGCACUACUACUCGCAGCAGCAGCAGCAGCAGCAGCCGUACAGUGGCCCUGCUGCUGGCGCUGGCGGUGGUGGCGGAUACAUGGUGCCGGGCACGGCUCAUAACUAUCUCGGACCUGCCGAUGGCGGCCAGGGUCCAAGUGCUGCCUCACUGCCUCCCACCCUGGGCCCGGGGGGGAGCCAACCCGGCCACGCCUACACCAAUGCCCUGCCUGGCGCAGGCCACGUUGUGUACAUGGGGCCGCCGGGCCCUGUCGGAGUAGAGGCCACGGGGUUCCCUCCCGGGAGCCUCCCAGCAGCCGGCGGCGUGGCCGGCACGUUCCCAGGGCCCGCUUACAGCAGCCUGCACAACGCACCGCAUGCCGUGCAGCCGGUGCAGCCCCCGCCGCAGGCCCUGUAUACACAGCAGCAGCAGCCCCUGCUCUAGAGCCCCCUCUGGGGCCCAGCAGCCCUCCUGUCUCACGCUCUGGGAGAACCUCGGCUUUCUUUGUAGGCAACACCAUAUCUGGAGAGAAGUUAACAUCUGUGUAGACAUCUCUCUGUCCGCUCGUUGUCUUCACGGAAAUCAAGUCGAGUGAGUGGCAUGCCUUAGGGUGACGGUUGUAGUUUGAUGGCGAUAGCGGAAAGUAGGGAGUAUAUAAGCCGCAGUCACUUUCUUUGAAAGGAGUCUUUGUAUUGAAGCUGCCAUGUUGAUCAUGCCCUGAACGCGUGCGUAUGUGUGUGUUUGUGGUGCGCGUGUGUGCGUGCGUGUAGCCCUCUGUUGCCACUGUUAUACAGUUGUGUAAUAAGACACAUCAGGUGAAUGCUGCACCACGGGGCACCCUGUCUAUCAGUAACACUAUGCCUGAUUAAACUGUAGGCCAGAUUUGAAUCGGUGUGUUUUAAAAAGCAAGCAAAUUGACGAUUUGUGAUUAAAACGGAACUUGUACAUAGCCACUGCGCUGCAGAGCAGCGGUUGGGACCCUUACUGCAGUGACUGCCGAGUAUGCAGCCCUCGGAGUAUGACGAUAGCCUGCGCUGCUCCUCCUCUCGCACGGUGAUUGCAGUAGAAGUUUCUCCGCCUCACAUCUCCACCUCUGUGUAACAUGCGCCUUCGUUUCCUGUACACGCACACCACUCCUAAAUCCCAUUUUCACUUGGACAGAACGUGUUGGGUAGGGCCGCGAGCAAGCAACUUGUUUGUCCAGCACCACGUGCCUGCACCACACUUGCCCGCUUCUAUCCUCCCAGUGCUGAUGUACGUUGCUCCAGCCAGGGUUUGGCCAGAGGCACAUAUGCCCAUUGCAUGGUCGCUGGUGCACAAUGCCAAUUAUUGAACUCAUUGCUCAAUCUGCGCCACAUCUCCCACGUCCGCCACUGCUCUGCUCCAGCUUCCUGCCGAGUCCCUCAUCCAUGUCUUCACGUCUUGACAGCUGCAGAUCUUCAAGGUAAAUCCAUUGCCUGCAACCUCCAGAUGACCCAACAUGCCGCUGUCAAGAGCAUGUCACCCCAAUAUUCCGAUCCAGGGGCGGUUUCUUCAUUAGGGCGAUUGGGCGACGCACCACCAAUGUCAUUCAACCACAGAGUCACGCUAGCCGUCACUGUGCCUCUGGAUAUAGUCCAAUCAGCGUCAUGUCACGUUCUGUGGAGUACCGCCUCUUUUUGGGCGAUUUCACUCCGGCUGAGAAUCGCCCCGAGUGGCCCCAUAGACUUACAUUCAAAGAUGUUUUUUUUUCGAACGGCGGGCGCUCCAAUGCAUUCUCUAUGACUUCCGGGAGGGCUCGCCCUAACGUGCUUACGUCAUCAUACGUAAGCACGUUUCAUUCAACAAUAUAAUUUGUUGCCACCUAGUGGAAUCUUUAAUAAAAUAAACUUGAGUGGAUUCUAUUAAUAGUGAGUAUAGAAACAAACAAGGAGAUGUAUUGUAAGAGUCACUUUAUUUUUCAUUAAUAUUAAAGAAGUGAAGUUGCCUUUAAAUUGCUUAAGCUGUUAAUGUAUCCAUUGCAUGGGUGGACCUUAUCCUUAUCAAUCAUCCAGACAUUUGCCCCCCCUGAGAGAUUUUGCAGGAGCCGCCACUGUUCCGAUCCCUUCACCAGCUCCCACUCGCCGUCUUCAAGAUUCUCUAUAGCCUCGUUACUGCCUACUUCUCUCUCUCAUCCCGCACCCCCCCCACCUCUUCCCCCUUGCCUUCCUCUUACUCCCAUUCAUGCGCUCUAUGCAUGAGCAACCAAGACCUAUCACGAGCGCAGGUUAAACUUCACUCGGGAAGUUGUUUAUUCUCCUCUGCUGCCUCCAUAGUUCUGAAUUCCCAUUCCCCCAGCUGUCUGUGCUGACAAUUCUGCUCAAGUCUGGGCUCUCAAGAAUACGAUCUCCUCUCCUCCACCUCUUCCCUGUAUUGCACGUCCCGCUGUUUUGUGUGUAGCGUUGCGAGUUGCGCCUGGGUGCUUUGUCCAAACUGAUUGCGUUGUGGACCUUGGGUCACUGAUAAUGUCGUGGCUCAAGCUGACAACUCUACCGCUGCUUCUACUCUACACGGACGAGUGUGCACGUGCGCUCAGUGCGUGGCAGCAUAACCGCACCUCGGCAAGGUGCUUUACCAAAGUACGAGGCGCGUUAAAGAGCCGGUGACGUGGCCACGGUGUUGGCACACGCUGCUCAGCGGGCGCCGGUGAAUGCGCUGGCGAAGGUGUGCUCACCACUACAUGCGCACAUGCGGACCACUGCUGGACGAGGACCUCUCUACUCCAUGGGGAUCGUGGGGGUUAUUUUACCAGAUUUCACCACAUUGGUCAGUGCGGCUUGGUGAAGGUGAGCAUAGGACGGUACAAUGGAUGUUGCUGCAUUGCUUUCUGCCACCCACAACCCCGCAGCUCCUGCUUGGCUUCUAAGAUGCGAUGAGGUUAGGUGCAUUCCGGUGAUGUCCCAAUCAUGAGAAUGAUACUUGUUUGUAUUUGGCAGAGCUGCCCUCCUUCACUACGGGGGCUCUCCGCAGUGCUGUACACAUGAUAAUUGACUCGCAUCUCAUGAACACAUUCGAAAGGACGCACCAGGUGGCAGCUGCCCCAUUAUGGCAUUAGUCUGCCAGUAGGGGCGAUGAUUACUGCUGUGUGUAAACCCACGAGAGAUUUGUGGGUACAUUUUUCACAGGCUUCACUGCCACACUAGCCGUUUGUGUCUCUUGGUCUUCGGUGCACAGCAACCGAGUGUAUGUCCAUUGUGAGGUAGCGCAUCUACGUGACACGCGUCCCUGACAUAGCAAUGGGGACACUCGAAACCCUGGCUGAGAUGAGAUUCAAGUCGCGUUGGGAUUUGAGUUGACCCCUGGCAACCUGAGUGGUCUUUUUAAUAUUCGUGUGUCAGCCUGGUCGUAGCCUGCAAACCAUGUACCGCAUGACACUCUCCGUAUCGGUAGUAUUCUGCCUUUAUUAUUUGUAAGAUUCCCCCAAAAGUUAACAAUGCCUUACCAAUUGAGCUAUAACCAUUGAUUAAUAUCGCGACUUUUAAGGUUUUAAUUAUCAACCGCAUUUAUUUCGACGAGCUUUUGGCUGCAUCGAUGUGUAUUGGUGGCAUGUGCUUUUUUCCAGUAUUUGUGAAAGGUGACAUUGCUAACUAUAUUAAUUCCGGCACUGAUGGUGUGACCCAAAUCUGAACUUGGUAAAACUGUGGAAAUUCAAUGCCUCUUGUACAAUUGCAGGAAGCCCUUGUCGGGAAACGGUUGGGCUAAUCCAUAGCCUGAGCUAUCCCGAUGGAACGACUGGCAUACAACUGAAGAGAUGUAUUUAAAGAUGUAAUGUAUAUACAUAAUGUCCGAGCCGAUGGUGAAUAUCAUACACCUCGCUGUGCAGUGUUUAAUUCGCGCCUCUGUAAGAAGCUCCAGGAAUUGACUGCCCGUGUACAUUUGGGUGUCCGACUUUUUGUAUGUAUUAUUUUACUUGUAUUCGCGAAAACAAAUGUAGAACUCGCUUAAGAUCCAUGACUAAUUUCAUCAUGAAACAUUUUGACAAAGACUUGAGACGAAUAAAUUUAGAAAACUACUCUCGCAGCCGAUUGCUUUUGUAAGUUUCAUCGAAUCACACUUGGAACUAGAAAAGCUCUUGACUAGGGCUGUCAAACCACAACUGGGAAACUGGUAACUGUUUUCAGAAUCGGUUUCUGGCUAGGAAAGUCAGGAAUCGGUCAUCGAUUCUGGUGGAACGUGAUUGGCAUGUGCGGACGAGCAAAAACCGCAUGCCAGCCUAAGCCUUGUGCUUCACGUGCCCUCGUCUCUCAGUUACAAGCCUAUUGAAAUUGCUCGCUCACGCCAUUGGUGGAAGGGCCGCCACUAGAGGGCUCUCUUCGACACUGACCAGACAUCUUGGAAAAGGUGACGACCUCUAAUUUGCAAGUCCGGUGUGCUGCUCACCGUCACCACCGCUGUGGCCGCUCCUUUCAGUUUUCAGAGGUGAAAUUUUUCAUGCGUGGCAAACUGGUAACGUUUUUUUCAUGUAACUGCCAAUCACAGUGAGGAGGGGGGGGGGGGUGCCGCACUGCGCGUGGACGUGCACACGGACACUGCCAUCGCUCAGUGUGCCACUUCUGUGUUUGCGGACGGCAGUGACUCACGAAUUGGAACAAUCCACCUUCCUACACACAAGCUGAUCUUAUCGUUUCGUUUCCAAAGUCGAGGUCCUCGGGCGUGUUUCCACCUUUAGCUGCCAAUAUUUAUUUCGUCUCGACCACCAUCAUCCUCGAGCAAUGUCCUCCCAAACCCACUUUAGUUUAUGUACAGUAAUGUCGAUAACACUCAUCCAUGUGCCUCUUUCCGUGUAAUUCCAAGCAUGCACCUCUCUGCUCGUUUGCACACUCUCCAGCCUUUGCUUACUUUUCUUUGUCAUUGGUCAUGUUUCUGAUCCAUAUAACAGAAAUGAGCACUGAUGGAAAAUAUUCUUCUCUACGAACAUUGGUCUUUUGAUUUUCAUUGUCAAGUUCAGUUUCCCAAAAGCACUCUGACCUGUUUAACACGUAGGCUGUCGCGACCAAUAUCCAUAAUAGAGGACUUUUUUGGGUUAGAUCGCGUACAUAUAUAAAUGUGUCGUUAAUACCCACCACCACCUGACACAGCCAACUAGUGAGGAUUGUCACGUAAACAUAACAUGUCAAUUCGUCACUAGUACAGCACACCGGUGUGUUAGAGAGCCAUGACUAUAAAUGUUGGUGGUGGCGGGUUUUAACGACACAUUUACGCAAUCUAAUCCAAAAAACCUCAUGCAUUCUGAUCUAUCACCGUCUAUUUAAUUUUUGUUACUGUAUUUACUGAAACAUAGGAUCAAAAUGUAUCUUAAAAGGAUGUACGUGGCCCUGAAUAUGAAAUCCUUAAUGACACGUGAAAGAGAUUCUGAUCCUGCCUCAUCAUAUGGUUAGGAAGUGGCACGAGGAGUGUGACCAUCAUCCAGAGUCUCCAACUUCCACAACUCCCAUGUCAUUAGAGUUCACGCUGGAAUCGCAGAAGACCACUACCUGAACAAAACACUUCUGAGACCUUUGCAACAGAUCCACAUGAGUUACAUUCAUCGUAUUUAAUAGAGCGCC